GAUGAAUCAUCAUCACCAUCAGCAGCACACCAAAAUGGCCUCCUCCUCGGCUCGCAGAACUUCUCUCUACAAGACUUGAUUUUCUCGUUUAUUUUUUCCUUCCUUGCCUUUGGGACACUAUGCCGAAGAGACAUUUGGCAGAACUGUGCUGCAGAACCUAAUUGACAGCAGGAUGGUCUCUGGGAAGUGGGGCCAGGGAGGGGGAGCAGGGCAGGAGGGAGUGAUGGAUGAGGAAGAGGCCAUUAGACUCUCACUCACACCCAACCUCCAUGCCCAUAUGCUGGGCUCACGCCGCCGGCGCAACUAUUGCCCCCUUUUGUUUGAGCGUGCUGCCUCCACCUGGUGGGACCCCAAGUUUGACAGCAGCAUUCUUGAGGACCAAUACCAGAAGUCAUCUCAAGCCACCCUGACUCUGCGUUUCCAGUGUGCGCUGUUGUACGUCUUGGUGAGCAGUGUGGUGUGGGCCAUCUAUUGGGCGUCCUCCCGCACUCACCACUGGCCUACAUGUCUGGUGGUGGCACUCGCCUCUGCAUCUGCAGUCUUCUUUCUGCUCAUUUACACCAGAACCAAAAGAUACACGAGCCAUCAGUUGUUGGUGUCUGUGGUGAUGUCUGUCUCCCUGAGCCUGGCGAGUCUGCUGCCCUACUCCCUCCACCAGCCUUCCUCUACUCUGCCCCGGUUGGGCCCAGACCUUACAGCAGUGGGCAUGUUUGCCAUAUGUAUUGAAGUUUUGUUGCUGAUCUACACAGUGAUUCCACUUCCCUUGUACCUGGCCUUCAUCAUCACAACCCUCUACUCUAUCACCUUUGAGGUCCUCAACGGUUUCCUCGUCGACCAAGGAGUGACCAUCGUGUUGGUCCGAAUUGGCCUCCAAAUCUGCAUCCACCUCAUUGGGGCACACAUCAUGAUUAUGACACAGGUACGGAUGAGGGGCACGUUCAUGAGCGUUGGACAGUCCCUGUGGGUGCGUAGACAGUUGGAGUGGGAACGCAACCUAAAGGAGAAGAUGAUCCAUUCAGUAAUGCCACCCCAAGUAGCCGAUUGGCUCAUGAAGGAGACUCUUGCUGAGGAUAGUGAAGAUGGUGGCCAGGACAGAGAGGAUGGAGCUAUUUUGAAAACACAAGUGUCUCCUCGCCGCCGCACUACUAGUGACAUCACCUCCCUUUUCCGGCCUUUUAAUAUGAAUGGCAUGGACAACGUCAGCAUCCUAUUUGCUGAUAUUGUAGGCUUCACUCGUAUGAGCUCCAAUAAGACUGCAGAUCAGCUUGUUGGACUUCUCAAUGACUUGUUUGGUCGUUUUGAUAUCAUAUGCAAGAGGAGUGGCUGUGAGAAGAUCAGCACACUAGGUGACUGCUAUUACAGUGUUAGUGGGUGUCCAGAGCCCAGGCCAGAUCAUGCCCAGUGCUGUGUGGCCAUGGGCCUUGCCAUGAUUGAUGCUAUCCAGGAAUUUGAUGCAGCCUCCAACGAAGCUGUCAACAUGAGAGUUGGCAUCCACACAGGCAAGGUCCUAUGUGGUAUUGUGGGCACAAAGCGCUUCAAAUUUGAUGUGUGGUCCAAUGAUGUGACAUUAGCCAAUGAGAUGGAAUCAACAGGGCGGCCUGGCCAGGUGCAUGUUUCUGAGGCCACCUUUAGGUUCCUGCCAGAAGAGGUCUACGUCACCACUGAGGGUCCAGAGCACAAAGGGCUUAAAAGCUACUUCAUCCAUGGUUUCUUGAAGAAAGAUGUGAGCAAUGAGUUUUUGGGUAGCACUGAAGACAAGUACAUCAGCUACAAACAGUCAAGGGACAGUAAGAAGGCCUCAAGUCUACCAAACAUUUUGGACUGUGGGACAGAGUCUGAUGGUAAUGGCACUCUAAAGGGCAAAACUGGCACUGGAGGCCCCAAGAGUCGCAGGUCCAUGGCUCCAUCCAUUGACCUCCCUCGCCUCAGGCUGCCCAAGUUGUCCAGGAGUACAGGUAAAGCUAAGUCGAAAACUACAUCCUUGCCAAAGAUCAACAGUAAAAAUGAGAAUUCUUCCAGUAAGUUAAACUACUUAAGCGAGUUUUGGGGUGGGUUAGGGAGAGAGACUGAUGGGACAAGUGAGAGUGAGGGCCAUAGCCCCUCUACCCUCACACCUACCAUCACAACUGCCCCUGUAACCCUUGUGCAGCCUUCCCUCCCAGACCCCACUCUACAUCAGACAGAUGCCAGUAGCACCAAGGAGCCUCCUGAAAAAUCACCUGGAACUGUGACAAUCAAGGAUCCCAGAAAGGACUCUGGCAUCCGUAGUCGCAGGUCAAGCAUUCAGACCCAGUCAUUUGCAAUUAACGGAAUGAGCCCAGGAGACUUACUGACCCAUCGAGUCAGUGGUUACUACACUUCUAGUCAGUCUUCAGUUGCUGACCAUAAAUUUGCAGAAACUGGAGAAGGCAGCUGCAGGUUAGAGCCCAGCAGUAUGCCACUUAAUGGGAGCCUCACCCGUAUACAUCAGCUUCGAAAGGAGUCAGAUAUUCAGUUGAUCAAAUGCAUCCAAAAGGACACUAACCACAGGCAUAUUGUGGCCUCGCCACUCUCUCCUGCCACCUUGUUCUUUGUUGACAAGGAGCUUGAGAGUCAGUACCGCCAGGAGGCCCACAAGCCCCGUCAAGAUUCCACUCCCACUCUUGCUUCUACACAUUUCAACACCUACUUUGAUAUCCUGGUGAGUGCACUUGUCUAUAUAGCAGUGAGCAUCUCUUUAUUUGUCUUGUUUCCUUACACAAUGGGCUGGUUGGUGGUGUGCCUACUAUCAACCAGCUGGCACCUGACCCUAUUGGUUUUAUGCUGUCCACAUCUGAUUCGGGGUGAUGGUUCUCAUUCAACUUAUCCAGUUAUUUCCCAGAUCUAUGAGCGCCUGACACAAUGGUGGCCAUGGCAUUUGUGUGGAGCUUCCCUCAUCUGCCUCCCUCUAAUAGCAGUUUUGUACAAUUUUUCUUGUACCCUAUCUGUCCAUGAUGAGGAAAUGAGAUUUUUCUGUUAUCUUGCAUUUGUUGCUUUGAUACACCUCUGUAAUUUUACACAGCUGAACUGUUGGAUGAAAAACAUUUUAGCAACUGUUGGAACAGUGAUACUAAUGGUGCUUGCAGCCCCCAGCAUUUGUGCUGAGGUGGGAAGUGAGUCAGAGCUUUUGGGUAACAUCACUAAUUUAACCACAUCAGCCCCUGAGGGGGAUGCUAUGGCUGAGUUUUCUUAUCAAGAGGUGGUAGUUGCUGCUACUUUAUUGUUAUUACUUGUAUGGUUUCUUAACAGAGAAUUUGAAAUUAGUUAUAGACUGAGUUUCCAUGGGUCAGUGAUAGCAAUAAAGGACAAGGUUCGUGUCCAGACCAUGAAGAAUCAAGCUGAUUGGUUGCUGCGCAACAUUAGCCCAAGGCAUGUAGUGGAUUCCAUCAAAAUCUUUGGCAAGUACUCUGAAAACCACCGUGAUGUGGCCAUUAUGUUUGCCUCUAUUGUCAACUUCAAUGAACUGUAUGAUGAGGACUACCUGGGGGGUAAGGAAUAUCUGCGGGUACUCAAUGAGCUGGUGGCAGAUUUGGAUGAACUUCUCUCUCGUCCAGAGUUCAAGAAUAUUGAGAAGAUCAAGACCAUAGGGAGCACAUACAUGGCUGCCUCAGGUUUAGAUGCCAGAGUACGCCUGAACAAUACAGACGCUCACCAGCACAUCUUCGAGCUAGUGGAGUUCGCCCUUGCCACACAAAAGGUUAUUGAUGACUUCAAUCAAGACCUCAUUGAAUUCAACCUUAUUGUUCGUAUCGGCCUUAACUUUGGAGACGUCACUGCAGGUGUUAUAGGCACUGAAAAGCUUUAUUAUGAUAUUUGGGGUGACGCAGUGAACAUUGCUUCUAGAAUGGACUCCACAGGGGUGCCUGGACGUAUCCAAGUGAGUAACAGGUGUGCUGCUGUGCUCAAUCGCAGGUAUGAGCUGGAGCAUCGUGGGCAGGUGUUUGUGAAAGGAAAGGAUAACAUGGAUGUGUACUUGCUCAAAGGCCGCAAAGAGGAUGUUUGAGGAAGUGAUGGUGGAUAUGGAACUGUGUUCAAGAAUCACAAGUCAAGCACAAAGUGUGUUAUGGAGGCUCUAAUAUGCAUUCAGUGUGAGGUUAUGUUUGAUUGUAAAUAGUAAAAACAAGUAAUGAAGAUUUUGCAUGUUGACAGGUUUUUAAUAAUAUACAUGCAAUCUUUGUAAAAUAUAAUUGUUAUGAAGAAAUCAAAUGCAUUGUACAUUUUUUGUACCAAAAAAUGAUAUGCUUUUCAAAGUAGAUAUAUUACAACAUAGGUUUCAUAAGAAAAGUUAAUUCUAUCCAUAGUUACUGUACAUGCUUUUGGUGUAGAGGAUAAGAGUGCACACCGAUUGUGAUGUAAUUACAUCAUUCACCUAGGUGUUAUUUGCUUCCUGCCAGAUUCUUCAGCAAACAUCUCAAGUAUGCUAGAAAUAUCUUCAGUUACUUCCUUUGAGCCAUUUUACAAGUCAAACCCUAGUCACAUACCACCUGAAGAUCAAAACUGCUUCCCAUUACAAAGUUUGUGUGUAAUUCUCAGUAGAGUAGAAAAUUUUUAGCUUGAGCUUGUGUGCUCCUAAUUAAUGAGUGCCAUUUACGAUGUGGGCCAUGAAGCUGAUGGUUUUUAUGAGAUGAAAACUGUUGCAUUUUUUGUGAAUACUUAAGAAUGCAAAGUCAGGAAACAUUAUAUUAAGAAAAAUAUUUUCUUUGAAAUUUGUAAAAGCUUUCAUGCAUUUUUCUUUUACAAUGUUGUCCAGCUACUCAUUGUUGAAGAAUGUUAAGUAAAUUAACAUUUGUUUUCCUUUUUAAAAGCUCCUUGAAUGGUAAACAAAUAAGCCCUAAACAUAUGUCUUAGUGAUGUUAUAUAUCAGUCAUGUUCAAUGCCACAUUGCCACUGUUACAUUUAUAUAAGUUAUUGAUGGGUGGGCAGUGUGCAUGUUGCUAUGGGCUGUAAGACUGUUUCAACUGUUAGUAGGCAUCAGUCAUCUCUAAGGGCAUCACUUUUUUUUGGAUUGGUCUAUGUAGUGAUAGCCAGUGAUGUUGCUGUGGUGUGUGUGACAUAGAAUGACUAAUGUGCAUUUCAGGCUGUGUUCAUUUUAAGAUAAAUAAUAAUGUACUUUAAUAUUAUUGACAGGAUCUGUUUAUAAUUAAAUAUUUCAUAUAAGUUGUUUAAUAAUUGCAGUUCACAUUACUUCCAAUGUUGCUUGCUCAGUAUGAUUCCACAAUUCUUGCAAACUGGAGUCAUUAGUUUAAUAUGAUGAAACAUUAUUUUUAUGUUUUCAUUUUGAGAUUUUAGAGUGAUUUCACACAUGUCUUAUUUCAAAAUUGUUGUGAUAGCAGAAGUAUCAUGUAAGGUAUAGAAAUUAAUAGAAAAUAAUAAGAUAAAACUAUGCAAAUUAACAUUGCAUAUACAUUUGCACAAUGAAUUUUUUUGUCCACUCAAAUUAAGAUCUUGUAUAGUACUGGUCUCAAGGAAUUAGAGGAGCAAAACCUGAAAGCAUGAUAGAGCAAGUGUGUAGACCCAAAGUUGGUAUGCUUCUCAUUGAAAGUGUUAUUCUGUAGUUGGUAGGUCAGUGGUAAUGAAGGUGUGCCCACUAUAACUGCUAAUACUUCUGGUGUUGAUUUUUAGGAACGGGAAGCAACUAAGCAAGCAUCUAAGAAUGUGUUGAAGUGCCUUAUGUUUACUACUACCAUGAGCAAAGUAAAUGGCUAGCAUUACUGAUGCUGGUGAAGAGCUUUGUCCUCUGCCAUAUUUUUUUUUUGUUAAGGUUACACAUUUUCCUAUUAUGUAAAAGUUUUCAUAAAAAAAAUAUGAUGAUAAUUUUUAUAUAAAAAAAGAACUGGUCAGUCCUCAAUGAAAUUGAAACAUUGGCAAGUUAACAGUACUGACAGUAGUUGUGCCACAGCUGAUGUUGAUUAUAUGUUUAACCACAACUUAUGUUGAUGACAAGUGUUCAUGCUACACUACAGCUUGUGGUGAUGGCAAGUAUGACUAUGCUGUGCUGCAACUCAAUUCCUUAACAAAACUUGUGUCAUAGCUUGUAGUUAUAAAAGACACUCAAGCUGCACAUUAGCUUUCUUUGAUAACAGAUAUGGUGUGCAUCAAUUUGUGUUGGUGACAGAUGCUCUUGCUGAGCCACACGUGAUUAUUUAUUCAUGUUGUGCCAUGGCUUGCAGUGUUAGGAACUCAUUGUGUUCUUCAGCUGUAUUGAUGCCAGACAUACUUUGCCACACCAUAUGGUGAUGAGACAAUCAUCUUGUUUCACAGCCUGUGUUGAUGGUAUACGCUCAUGCUGUGGUGCAGUUUGUGGUGCUGGCAUAUAUUUCUGCUUACAUCACAGCUUUUGGUGAUGAGAUAUGUAUGUUGUGUCACAGCAUUUAAUGCAGAUAGGUAUGCUGCUCCCAAAGGUCAUGGGUCUGAUAUGUGCUCUGCCACAGGAAUUGGGUAGACAUAUACACAUGUUGUACCAUAGCUAGUGGUGAUGAUAAAGGCACUCCUGCUGUUUUACACUCAGUGGUACUGGUAAACACACAUACUGUGCCAAAGAUAUUAAUGCAGACAGACAGACAUGUGGAUUGGCAUAGGUAAGUGGUACUGCUGACACUCAUACUGCAUCACAGCCAGUGGUGCCAACAUACAGUUAUGCUUUGCCACAGCUUAGUGGUGCACAGACUGAUGGAUAUAUACAGUGAAAGGAGGCUAAGUCAAGAUAAAUUGAAGCCUUAAAGAUAUGAUUUUUCCCCCUUACAUCAACUUUUGGGUGGGAACAAUGUCUUCAUGUGGUUUUAUUAAAUAUGACUUCUGUGAGUACAAUAGAUUCAUAGAUGCAAAUGUACCUCAUCCUGUACUAUGCUGAAGCUUUUACAAAAUGAGAUAGCUUUAUCAAUCUCUGGGGAAUAUCAUGUGAAAUACCAAAAAUUACUGUAAGCUGCAUUUAUUAUAGUAUGUCAUGAAUGUGAUUAUAUAGCAUUUCACUAAUUUGUAGUCAAAAUUACAUGUGAAUCAGUUACAACUGUCACAGCUCAAGUACAGUAAAAGAAAAAAAAAAUAUAGUUUUUAAUG